AGUAGUCCAGCCUUCACACCGGUUAAAUAAGCUCAUUCCAGAGACCGAGCAUUUGUAUAUUGUGCGCACCCUUGCACCCCUCACACAGCGCGCGCUCAACGUGCUCUCCAGCCGCACUGCCCCACGAGGCCUCAUUCCACCUCGUUAUUCUCCUCGGCCGCGCGCUGGAUCCGUCACACAUUCCCACCUGAAACACUUGUGUGACCAACAAGUCUACUUGAACUGGACAUCUAAACAGUGUCCGUCUUUUUCGCUUUUAUUUUCCUUUUUUUUUUUUUAAAUGGUACAAUGUCGUCUUUGCCAGGAACGGUACCGCGGAUGAUGCGCGCGGCUCCCGGACAGAACUAUCCCCGCACCGGAUACCCGCUGGAAGUGUCCACCCCCCUGGGACAGGGUCGGGUCAACCAGCUGGGAGGGGUCUUCAUCAACGGCCGGCCGCUGCCCAACCACAUCCGACACAAGAUAGUGGAGAUGGCCCAUCACGGGAUCCGGCCCUGCGUCAUCUCCCGACAGCUGCGCGUGUCUCACGGCUGCGUCUCCAAAAUCCUCUGCCGCUACCAGGAGACCGGCUCCAUCCGGCCCGGGGCCAUAGGAGGCAGCAAGCCCAGGCAGGUAGCCACACCGGACGUCGAAAAGCGGAUAGAGGAGUACAAGCGGGACAACCCCGGUAUGUUCAGCUGGGAGAUCCGGGAUAAACUGCUGAAGGACGGGGUGUGUGACAGAAGCACAGUCCCUUCAGGUGAGGCCUCCUCUGUGAGUUCGAUCAGCCGCGUACUUCGAGGUCGAUUUGGAAAAAAGGACGAUGAGGACGAUUGUGAUAAAAGGGAUGAAGACGGAGAAAAGAAAAGCAAACACAGCAUCGACGGCAUCCUCGGCGACAAAGGCAGUCGGGUCGAUGAAGUGUCGGACGUGGAGUCAGAGCCUGAUCUUCCCCUGAAGCGGAAGCAGCGCCGGAGCCGGACCACAUUCACAGCAGAGCAGUUGGAGGAGUUGGAGAAGGCUUUUGAAAGAACUCACUACCCCGACAUCUAUACCAGGGAAGAGCUGGCCCAGAGGACCAAACUCACGGAGGCCAGAGUUCAGGUUUGGUUCAGCAAUCGAAGGGCCAGGUGGCGAAAACAAGCAGGAGCCAAUCAGUUAGCGGCAUUCAACCACCUGUUGCCAGGUGGAUUCCCUCCCACAGGGAUGCCAACACUUCCUACAUACCAGCUGCCAGAGUCCAGCUACCCAUCCAACACUUUGUCCCAAGACAGCGGUGGUACAGUUCACCGUCCCCAGCCGUUGCCUCCAUCCACCAUGCACCAGGGCAGUCUGUCAAGCACUGACAGCAGCGGCGCCUAUGGUCUUGCCUCGAAUCGCCACAGUUUCUCCAGCUACUCUGACUCCUUUAUGAGCUCUGCAGCACCUGGCAACCACGUCAACCCUGUCAGUAACGGACUCUCCCCACAGGUGAUGAGCAUCCUGAGCAACCCCAGCGGUGUGUCCUCACAGUCACAACACGACUUUUCCAUCUCACCACUCCACAGUGCCUUGGAAUCCUCUCCAUCCAACGCCAUCUCAGCCAGCUGCAGCCAGCGUUCAGCUGAGGCCUCCAUUAAGACCGUGGACAGCCUUUCAUCCUCCCAGUCCUACUGCCCCCCCACAUACAGCACCACUAGCUACGGCUUGGAUCCAGGUGUGGCUGCUGCCGGCUACCAGUACAGUCAGUAUGGCCAGACUGCUGUUGAUUACUUGGCGAAGAACGUGAGCCUGUCUAGUCAGCGAAGGAUGAAGCUGGCCGACCACUCAGCUGUACUGGGACUGCUGCAGGUCGAAACUGGCCAGGCCUACUAGUACUCACCAGAAAUGCAUGCAAAAUCACCAGCACAGCCCGCACCUCCUACUACCAGCCAUACAAAUGUCACAGAGACCCUGUGUGUGUUCAUCAUAGAUUGACUAUACAGUGCAUUGGGCCAAUAAUACGUUUUUUAUACUAUAUUUAUGUGUUUCACCAGUGGUUGAUGAUUGAAUGAUACAGCUGUCCAAGCUUUAAAUAUUCCCCAUGUGACCAACCAAAUCCACAAGAAGGAUUUCAUUUAUAAUGCUUUUUUUUUUUAUUUGUUAUUUUUUAUUGCACUACAUUUUGUACACAACGUUGGUGAAUCCUAACUAGCUGGAUAACCAUAAACUAGUAAUAUAAACAGUACAACAUAUAUUUUCAAUGAAGAUCUCAAACAAUAUACAAACAUACACAUAACCAUAUUUACACUAACACUGCCGUUAACUCUAAAGUUUGAGGUCAGUUGCUUCGUGAAUCCUCAGCAAAGUAUUUUGGACUGUGUAUUUUGGACUGUGUUUUACUUGGCAUUUAAAAUAUUGUCUGUCAGCAAACAACAAAAUAAUGUUGUAUGUAAAACUAUAUUUGGCGUUUUUUGGUUCCAAUUUCAUGGCUUCAAGAAUUAAUUCACGUCUGUUUUCAAAUAUUGUGUUUUUAAAUUAAAAUGAAAUACAAUUGUUUCAAAAUUCAGUCUGCACACUUGAUAAAACACUAACUGGUUGGGUUGUCAGACAACUGUGUGGUUUCAGUAAUUCAAGGCCAAAUUCAAGUGUGUUCUAAUUCUGACUGAAAACUGCAUCACAGAUGAGUAGCGAGAACUGACAACGUCUAACCACUUAAAGUGCUUUAGCACCACAAGGCAUCAUCCACCCAUCCAAACCCAUUAAAACACUGAUGAGUGGAGUUAACAUCCAAAGGGACACCUGCCCAUCAGGACUGAAUAACAUUCAUGGAUCAUUCACAGACCAGAAGGUACAUGAGCUACAUGAGCAAUUUUUUGCUGCAUUAAGUUAUUAGCGGUCUGUCAACACUGUUGCAGUUGGUUGCUCUGUUCAAAGUGUUAGGACUGUUAUCUACUAACCACUGACUCAAACAUCUCCCAGCCUGGAUGUAUAAAGAGAACUGGAUACAUCUGUGGAGGCAGGCAUCCCUUUUAUUCUCAUGAAAUUCUGUGUAUAGAAUUCAGGUGAAAAUCUCCACAUUAUGUGACCUGAACGUCAGGCAGACCAGCAUUUUCGUUAACUGGGCCUUUCAGGGAUCUCAGGCGUAUUCAGAUAAACAGAGGAAGGAAAUUAACUUUGAAUACAGAUAUUAGUGCAUUGGACAAUUAUGAUUCUAAAAAGUGUCCAAAAUGGGUUGUUGAUUUACCCCCCCAAAAAGUAUCCACUGAGUAACAGAUGUCUCAUUUCCAAUGGAUAUCUAUAGAAAACAUUUUUCUCUGACAACAACAACAAUUGCGAUUCCAACACUUGGGCAAAUUGCGUGUCACUUUAUGAUUUACUUUGCGCAAGACCAAAAAGGGAUUUUUCUCCAAGCUCUGUGGAUAAAAAGGAUCAAUUUCUGCUUGACUGAAGUUUUAAGGCUGCAUGGAACCGACUAUAACUUAAAGAUAUUGGUUACUGAUAUGAAACCAUGUGAAUUAAGUCUGAAUUUAAUGUUUUCACUUUAAGAAGAAUAAAAUGCCAGAGAUUAAAUAUCAGCGCACAAAAUGGCAGCUUUAAAAGAAACAAAAUGUCUUCAGGGUCCCCUGUGUAGCAGACAGAUAUGGACUAAUUCCAGAGGUUCAUUCCCUCAUAUGAACAACAACACAUCCCGAAGAGGUAGUUGGAGGUCAAACAAGUUCCUGACUCAAUGGCAGGCGGAUAUUUCUCCCUCCAACUUUGUUCAAAUUUUUUCACUUUAUUGGAUUCUUGUUCAUUCCAUGUCACUGUUGGCAGAGUUGUGGGUGCCCUGAUUCUGCCUUUUGGUUUUUUGAACCGUAGACAAGACAACGGUCCGCCUCUGAAAUCCUCAAAAUUCUUUUCUGCCGCGAUCACAAUUGCUUUCAGAGGAAUCUGGAAUAUAUACUAAAAAUGUAUUUUGAGAUAAAUUUGCCGCGUGUCAUAAAGACAUUUUAUAUUAAUUUCUAACAUAUUACAACAUCUACUUGCAUAAAUAAUUCCUUUGAGGAUGAAGUAAGAAGGUUUGUCAAACAAUCAAUGUUCCUCACUAUCACCUAUACUGACCAAUCGGAACAAUCACUUCCAAUUUACUGAGCUCAGAAAAGGAAAACAACAAUAGUGCAAAGAUCCACCACAUUGAGCUUGUUUUGUGGUCAUCCGUGGAAAUGGGUCCCAAGGUUAAUGGGAUGGCGAAAAACAGAGACCAUUCAGAGAAUGGUUAAAUCAUUCCAUACAACAAACAAAAUCUACACUAUUUAUUUAGUUUCCCUACUUCAUUUUCUUUCUUUUGUGUGUGUAUAUAUAUAUAUAUAUAUAUAUAUACACACACACACACACACACACACACACACACACAUAUUUUGAUUCACAGCAAACCAAGGAGGACAGUAUGGAUAAAAUGUACAGAUGUGCUCAUUCACCCCAACCCUGCUUUCCUCUUUGUACAUCCUCUGCUUACUUUUUGUCUGGCAUGUGGGUUUAUUACCAUAGUAUAAUUUAUUCUACCUGUAUGAAGUAUUAGACUAGGUACAAAUUUGUAAUGGCCCUUACUCCCAGCCUCUUGAUGUGUUAACUGUAAUAAAGGUCUACAACUGGA